AUGGCAUCUGCGAUAAAUUUUGGUAACAAUAACGCCGGCUUCCAAGCCGGGAUCAUCAAUGGUCCAGUCAAUACGCAGUUCCAUCACUAUAUCCCUACUGCUGUCUCUCCACAAGCCUCAACAAAUAUCCUCAUCAUGUCAUCUGACCCUCGAAACACAGACCGUCUUCGGCUUGGCACCGAACGCCGCGAGUUGGAAGAUGCUCUGCGUGAUACACGAUAUGGAAAGUCAUUUAAUCUCUACGAUAUCUGGAGUUGUCGAGUACGAGAUAUUACGCGCGUGUUGGAUCGAUAUGAACCGAAUAUACUCCAUUUCAGCGGUCACGGAAGUAAUUCAGCGAUAUUCUUUGAGAGAGACGACGGUGAAGCCAUAGCCGUAGAUAAGAACGCUCUUGGGGCUUUGCUAAGAACACAAAAGGGGCUAGAUCUCGCCAUACUAAAUGCUUGCUACUCUCGCGACCAGGCGCAAGCCAUUGCGGACGCAGUCGGAUAUGCUGUUGGAAUGGAGGGUGCCAUAGACGAUGAGGAAGCAAUUGAAUUUUCUCGCGAGUUCUACAGAGCGCUUGGGGACGGACGUUCAUUCGAAGAUGCAUUUGAGAGAGCCCAGUUGGCAGUAGGUUUGACAUCGAAUUUAAGACUACAUCUCCUAAAGCGAACUCAGAAUUAG